CAAUGUUUCGAGCUGUUCUUUUGGACAAAGAAUGUUGGGAAAGCAAUAUGAGACUUGAUCCUGUCACUGGUUUGGAUCCACCCGAUGUAAAAUUGCGGGCUGCACAGGGACUGGAUGCUGCUGAUUAUCUUUUCCCAGGUUAUUGGGUUUGGGGCAAAAUGAUACAAAGUUUUGCGGCGAUCGGUUAUGAUUCUAAUAACAUGCAUCUCGCUGCUUAUGAUUGGAGACUUUCAUUCUUUAAUCUUGAAGUUAGGGAUAAAUAUUUUUCGAAGCUAAAAUCUAACAUUGAGUUAAUAAAAUCAACAGAAAAUAAAAAAUCUGUACUUAUUGGUCAUUCAAUGGGCGCUUGCGUUAUUCUAUAUUUCUUCAAGUGGGUAGAAUCCCCAUUAGGUGGCAAUGGUGGGCUCUCUUGGGUUAACGAUCAUAUUGAAUCUUUUAUUAAUAUUGGUGGCCCUUUAUUGGGUGUGCCAAAAGCUUUGUCUGCAUUACUUUCAGGUGAAAUGCGAGAUACCGUAGAAUUAGGUGCUUUUGGAAUUUAUGUUCUUGAACGUUUUUUCUCUAAACGUGAGCGAUCGGAACUUUUUCGCACUUGGGGUGGACUUUCUUCUAUGCUGCCAAAGGGUGGUGCUGCGAUAUGGGGCAACACGACUCAUGCUCCUGACGAUCGUGAGAAAUCGAUGCAUACUUUUGGUUCCUUGUUAACCUUACGUUCCCUUCUUCAUAACAAAUUCGAUAAUAAUGAUACCAAUCAUACCGCAGCUGAAAUAAUUUAUAAGCACACAAGUACUACUGGUAUAAAUUUUUUACAACAAAAUACGGACUCAUUUUAUAAUAAAAUGUUGUCCAAUAAUUAUAGUUUUGGAAUGGCUACUUCUGAAGAUGAAAUUUCCGAUGAUAUGAAGGAUCAUACUAAAUGGACUAAUCCUCUUGAGUCACGAUUACCUUACGCUCCUGAAAUGAAAAUAUAUUGCUUAUAUGGUUGGGGAAAGGAUACCGAAAGAUCAUAUUACUAUUCACAUGAUUUUACAGAUUCGAAUGAGAGUUCUAGCGAAGAUACUUAUAAAUUUUUAAACAGUCUUUUCAUCGAUAGUUCAUUCAAUUCUGAUCAUGAUCCAAAUAUAAAAAGCGGUGUACAUAAUGGUGAAGGAGACGGUACUGUCCCACUACUAUCACUAGGAUUUAUGUGCACUAAAGGAUGGAAAAAUCCGCUAUAUAAUCCUGCUGGGAUUAAAGUAAUUACUCGUGAAUUUGAACAUGAGGUAGGGCCAGGUCUAAAUAUUCGUGGUGGUGCAAAGACAGCAGAUCAUGUAGAUAUAUUGGGAAAUUAUGCAAUUACGGAGGACAUUUUGCGUAUUGCAUCUGGACACGCUGAAGAACUCAAAGACAGGAUCACUUCUAAUAUUUUAGAAUACGCCGCCAGGGUUGAUAUCUAG